AUGGAGUAGCGGAGAGUUCAAACCGAGCCUGUUCUAACUGGCAUUUACAUCAACAGGAGGAAAACGUCUAUGGAUUAGAUUUGAGUUGGCACUGAUGUUCUUCCAGUGGAGUAACUGUAAAUAGUCGUGGAGAGUCAUGACACUGGACUCCGUCAUGGCGUGCUGCCUCAGCGAGGAGGCGAAAGACGCGCGGCGGAUCAACGAUGAGAUCGAGCGGCAGCUCCGCCGCGACAAGAAAGACGCGAGGCGUGAACUCAAGCUGCUGCUGCUGGGGACUGGAGAGAGUGGGAAAAGCACCUUUAUUAAACAGAUGAGAAUCAUCAACGGAUCGGGGUAUUCAGAGGAGGACAGGAGAGGCUUUACCAAGCUGGUCUUCCAAAACAUCUUCACAUCAAUGCAGGCCAUGAUACGAGCAAUGGAUACUCUCCAGAUCCCCUACAAAUACGAACAUAAUAAGGCUAAUGCAAACAUAGUCUGUGAAAUGGAUGUAGAGAAGGUCUUCACUUUCAUCAGCCCCUAUGUAGAUGCCAUCAGGAGUUUAUGGUAUGACCCAGGAAUUCAGGAGUGCUAUGACCGGAGGAGAGAGUACCAGCUCUCAGAUUCUACAAAAUACUAUCUAAAUUCACUGGAUCGCAUUUCUGAUCCUUCUUACGUUCCCACUCAGCAAGAUGUGCUCAGGGUCCGAGUGCCCACAACAGGCAUCAUUGAAUACCCCUUUGACCUACACAGUGUCAUAUUCAGGAUGGUAGACGUAGGUGGCCAGCGGUCAGAGAGGCGGAAGUGGAUCCACUGCUUUGAAAACGUCACCUCCAUCAUGUUCCUGGUAGCACUCAGUGAAUAUGACCAAGUCUUGGUUGAGUCUGACAAUGAGAAUCGAAUGGAGGAAAGUAAAGCAUUGUUUAGGACGAUAGUAACAUAUCCCUGGUUCCAGAAUUCAUCAGUUAUUCUUUUUCUGAACAAGAAAGACCUUCUGGAGGAGAAAAUUAUGUUUUCACAUCUUGUAGAUUACUUUCCUGAAUAUGAUGGAGUCCAGAGAGAUUCUCAUGCCGCACGGGAAUUCAUCCUAAAGAUGUUUGUCGACCUCAAUCCAGACUCCAGAAUCCAGAAAAUAAUUUAUUCUCACUUCACCUGCGCGACUGACACAGAAAACAUUAGAUUCGUGUUUGCUGCUGUAAAGGACUCCAUCUUGCAGCUCACGUUGAAGGAAUACAAUCUAGUCUGAAAAACGACUGAUUACAGUUUUGUUAUCGUCUUGCCUGGUUAAAAGACUUGAGCCUUUCUUUGUGGUGUGAGCCAUUCACGUCUGCUUUAAUUGUACGUAAAGGCCAUUUUGGUCAUCCUUGAUUCAGCUCUUUGAUAUUGGACACGGAAGAUAUUUCUACACAUGAACUGUAUGAAGUAACACAAUCUGCUAACACCUGUGUCAUUAUUUGCACGUCGGAGCUUGUUCAGAGGGUCCAAUUUGAAUGUUAUUCCAUUUUUAGAAAAAAAAACAAAAAAAAUUAUGUUCUUAAACUGUCUGUCUUACUGCAGUUGCAUUAUAAGUUUUAUUUUCUAGCAGGUUCUUUUGGUCAAAUGUAAAAGUGCACACAUCCUUUUAUUUGCUAUUAAUAUUUAGUAGGUUCCUCAAUAUUGGGCAUAUAAUUACUUUACAGAAAAAAAAUAGUGCAAGAGGUCAUUAGAGGGUAAUGAAUAGUUCCUGGUAUGGUAUUCUAACAUUGUAUUCUUUUAAGAGUUUAAGUUUUAAAGCCUCAUAUAUAUAUAUAUAUAUAUAUAUAUAGGGCAUUUAUAUAUAGAAUAGACAAUAGACUUCAGUAGGUUUACAGUAAAAGUGCCAAAGUUGUCUUCUAAUGUGGUUGUUUUAUGUAUUGCUAAACUAAUAAUCAUACCAUACAAGUUGCCCCUAUUAGAUUUCCCGCUUUUUAUAGAUUAUAUAUUCACCAGAUCAUAUAUAAUGAGGAAUAUGGUUUAUAAUUAUUCACUAGGUAUGAAGUUGGAGAUCACGAUGUUUGUGCAGGCACAUUUAGUCGCAUUUUCUUUGCAUUCUCUCGGUGCAAUUUAGAACACUUUAACUUAUUCAAAAGAGCAAAAUAUGCAUUGGAUUAAGGAUAAAAAUAUGGAUAUAUGUUGUCAAAGAAUCCCCACGAGGUGUGAGUGAUUGUUUUUAUUUCACCUCUAUAGAGGCUGUUGUUUUACUGGAGAAUUGAGCCGUUCUAACUGUAGAAUCCUCCAGCACCGGCCACAGAGGAACAUGGAGGAAUAAAAUGAAAACUAUCGGCUAUAUAGAUUUUUACAGAUAACAGAUAGUUCCAAAAUGCAACUAUCGGCACUGGUAAAACAGCAAAAACCGAUAUAUCGGUCUACCUCUAGAACAAAUGCGGCAUUUUGAAAUUUUAUAUAAUACUGUAAAACAAUCGUUUUUUUUUUUUUUUUUUUAAUGUAAUUAAUUGCCCAACAUGUCAUCAGUGAGCCAGUGAUACUGGUAUUGAAUUGACUUGACAGAGUGGUGUAAUCAAGCUUAGGUCAGUAUGUGACGUUGUUUUUAAAGACAGUGCCUCUUUACUGAUUUGUAAAGAGUGUGUCAUGUGAUUUAUGUGUGUAAAAAAUUUAUGUUUCAUGUUCAGCCAAGAGUAAAGGACCAAACUGCUGUUGUGAUCCUCCAAAACUCAUUGUAGAGUAUAUCUAAAAAUUAUGUGGUUGCAAUAGUGUGGAUGGCUCUAAAUUUGGUUUCAUUUUCUGCUUAUCUUUUUCUUUUUUUGCAAUAAAGGACUGUUAUUUUAGAGAAAAGUGUAUGAUUUUUGCUGUUCAAAUGUAAAAAAUA